AGAAAGCUCAAGGGCAUGGGUAAGAUUGUGAAGGAUAUGAGGUACACUAUCUACUCUCCAUUGGAUGGUCAGUCAUGUGCUGAUCAUGACCGAGCUUCAGGUGAAGGUGUUCAGCCACAAGACUAUGUUUUGAUUAAAAUGGAGGUCAUCCCUCCAUUUCCAUCGAAGUUCAAAAUGUUGGAUGGCCGAAACAUCUUCCUGGCGGCAGCAAUAUUACGACUUGAAACAAUGUAUGGGCAAACAAACUGUUGGGUACUUCCUGAGGGCAAGUAUGGAGCUUUCGAAAUUAAUGAGACUGAUGUUUUCAUUCUUACACAAAGGUCUGCUCUUAACCUUGCAUAUCAGAAGGUAUCUAGAGUUCCGGAGAAGGCAACUUGCUUGCUCGAGUUGUCUGGUCUGGAUCUUAUUGGUUUGUGACUAAAGUCCCCAC